CACCACUGACAACCUCCUGUACAUAGACCGGUGGGUGCGCGCUUAACCGCUUGUCACCGCGCGCGUUAAGGAGCAAACAGCAGCCAGUCUGAUUGAACACACGCACGCGCGUCAUUCCCGAACCCGCUCUCGCGCCGAUCUGCUGACUCAGUGCCUUAUUAAAGCGAACCGGUUCAUCGCCACCGAACAGAGCUGAGACGCACCAGUGACCGCAACAACUCCAGCCAUGGCCAAAACUGCAAUCGCCUACAAAGAGAAGAUGAAGGAGCUGUCCCUCGUGUCCCUCAUCUGCUCCUGUCUCUAUCCAGAGGCACGCAACACCCUCAUGGCAGAGUUCGAAGAUAUGGAGGUGAAGCCCAUUAACAAGCGGGCUUCUGGCCAGGCCUUCGAGGUCAUCCUGAAGCCACUCUCUCCCACGGCUGAUGGAAACUACAGCAUCACGUCCCCUCCCAAGAAGAGGGACCUGUCCCUGGAGGACAUUCAGAAGAAGCUGGAGGCCGCAGAGGACAGGAGGAAAUCUCUGGAGGCUGACAUUCUGAGAGCCCUGGCAGAGAAACGGGAGCACGAGCGGGACGUCCUGCUGAGGGCCAUGGAGGAGAACAGCAACUUCAGCAGGAUGGCCGAGGAGAAACUCAACAUGAAGAUGGAGCAGAUUAAGGAAAACCGUGACGCCUACAUUGCAUCCUUGAUGGAGCGACUGCAUGAGAAGGAGAGGCACGCUGAGGAGGUGCGUAGAAACAAAGAGAUAAGGGAAGAAUUGACAGCAUGAACACAAGCUCCUCAGACUCAUCACCCCCACAAACAACCCCUAUACCUGUGACCCUCUGUCCGCCGUCACCCCACCAAUGCAGCCCCACGUAGAGAAGACCCUCAUACACCCUGCAGGAAUCGAUCCUGCCCCCUCACCAACAGCAUCCUCUCCUGAUAGUUCAGAAAAAAGUCCUGAGAAAUGAAAUGUUUUUGCUCAAUUUGAAACCGAAGUGAAAGUGUCGUUUUUUUGUAAAUACUAUUUGUUUUAUAUGAGACAAUGAAAAGUUUUGCGGUGUGCCAUUUUAUAAGUUUUUCUCUCUGUUUCUUUCUCUUUUAGUGGAUGUACUUGUUUCUCUCUCUCAAAUCUGCUAUAGUUUCUCUUGUGCCAGGGUUUCGUGUUUGUGAGUUUGCUGGGUAGCUGACAUUCGCAAUGUCUUCUCUAAACCCAAUGAUCAUGUUGUCUCUAUAUCCAUUUGGAGAGAGUAAAGCCGCCACAGUACAAGCAGCUCUUACCGGUCAAGACAUCUCUCACUCUUUAGUCAAUCAUCUGGUAUAGAGUCACACGCAUACACACACACACACACUUAUACAGUCUAAGCUCAGCCUGAUUUAGUGAAAAUGAAAUAUAGGAACUUGCUAAAUCUGUGGUUUGAGCCAUGCUGAGAUCAUGUGAUGUCUCUUGACCCAUGUUUGACCAUAGUCUGGGUUGCAAUCAUGCUGACUGCACAACAGCAACUUCAACUAACCUUCUCCUUUUGUCCUUGGGAAAUGUGAGAUUGCUCGUAGUUCUCUAAUUCUAAUCAAAGUGUGCCAUAGAGAACCUAUAGCUUUAAAUAUGUUUGGUUUUAAAGGAGAUAGUGGACACAACAAGAUGCUGUGUGUUAUGUGUGUAUGUGUGUGUGUCGAAAGCAAUGUGGGCAGACAGCGUUAGAACAUGUCAUUGCUCUUGUAUGAGUAGCUUUAAUGUCACAGAUCUGCCCACCUACAUCUUUCUCUUCCAGCUGUGUGUUUUAUUCCCUUCACAUCUGUAACUUUGGAAGCAAACUGGUAAAUAAAGGCUUGGGGUUCUUUGAAU